AUGCCGCUCCAAACUAGAAAGCCAAAAAAGGAUGGAAGAAAGAGAACAUACUCGUUGGUGUCGAACACUACAAACACACAGGCUGGUCCUGUCACAAGUCCUAAAACUGUCGCGAAAAGUUCGCCUUCACAACAACCCAACGGAUCGAGAGAAGCCCUAAAUGCGCCUGCCGUUCCAGAGAACCAACCACAGAAACCCGCAGAGCCGGCGAAGAAGUUGCCUAAUGUGUUUGAGUUCCUAGAAGAGAACGAGGAAUCGUCUUCAGACUCAUCAUCGGCAUCCUCGUCGGAGUCGGAGUCUGAAUCCGAAUCCGACGAGGAGCUGGACCCUAUACAAACCACCAAGAUCCAGUCUCCCAAGCCACGGGCAAAUACUGUGCCGCACGGCGUGUUGGUCGCAGGCGGCAACAUACCUCCGAAGAAAGUUGCCCAAUCAGCUCCAGUGGUAUCCAAAAGUCCAAAAGAACCACUCAAGCCCGCACCGCGGCCCGCGCCUUCCACAGACAACCAGCUAGUCACCCGGAAGAGACAACCCACCAGAAAGCCGAGCCCGAUCUCGACUGCAAACAUCUCACCAGGAAAAGGCCAACUGGAAUUGUCCCGACCAUCGACCUACCAUGACUCAUCAAGAGAUAGCGGUGCUGUCCACAGACCACCGCUGCCACCAUCUCCCCCAAGAAGCCCAGAAGAUAGUCUUCACCGUACACCGACAAAGAGACGAGACCCCCAUGCAUUGCAAGAGCCAUCAGGAUACGGUCUUCUAGCUUCGCACCUAACCAAGUCCACCUCAGAAGAGAGCGGGAGCUUUCCUCCGCUAUACCGACGCUUCGAGACCGUUAACCACCGCGUUCUUCUCCACCUCCAAGACGAGAUUUCCCAAAUGGAAGAAGAUCUCCACCUGCUAGAUGAAUAUGAAGAAAUGCAUCGAGUCGACAUCGCCGAGCAGGAAGGCACAAAGCCAUUACCUGCGUCACGUCGGCGAGACGCCCAGUCACAGGCGUACUCAUCUUUACAUUACCGUCGAAUGGAUCUGAUGAGUGUUUUGAUCCAAAAGACCGAACAAUACAACAACGCCCUCAGCGCCUAUAGCAAAGUCCUACAGACCCUCCCGCGAGCCUCGGAACAGGACAUCACGGGGUAUCGCACCUGGAUGAGAGAGAACAAACCCGUCGCUGGUGUCGAGACACGGUUCCUAAUUCACGACGCGGAUCUAGUCGCCCUCACCCCGCGACUGGCUGCGUCUGCCGCCGCCGCACCCGUCUACGUCGCCAUUAUUAUAGCGUCUGGCGCGCUCCUGCUACCAUUGUUGGCAUUCAGCCUUAUUGCGGAAUUCUCCGGCCGUCUUGUCGUCGUGACGGUUGUUGGUGGCGCCGCGGCGGCUAUUGCGGCGAAUUACUCGGCUGGUAUUGAUACGCUGGUCGACUCGAGGGAUGGUUGGCGCUGUGCUACGAUAUACUUCGGUUUCAUGACUACUGCUGCUAUGUUCAUUCCAUAG